CACAAGCGCCAGGCUCCGCCUUUCGCCCUCGGGACGCGGUGACGUUGCAUCCCUCCAGUUCCUCGCCUCCCACCCCUUUCGCUCGGGGGAGCCUCCUCCGUGUCAGACUUCAGAACUCCUUUUACGACACUGAGUCUCGGAGGCAAGUCUCGGCGCCAGGUCCACUUUUCGGCAAAGUGACGUGGACGUCAACAGCAAUGGCGGAAGGAGAAGAGCUUCUGCCACUGUCAACGUCGGGCGGGGACAGCUGGGAAAAAGAUCUUGAAGAAGCCCUGGAAGCAGGAGGUUGUGAUCUUGAAACUUUGAGAAAUAUAAUUCAAGGGAGACCUCUGCCUGCUGAACUGAGGGCACAGGUUUGGAAGAUUGCUCUGAACGUUGCAGGAAAAGGCGAUAGUUUGGCAUCCUGGGAUGGUAUUUUAGACUUGCCCGAGCAGAACACUAUUCAUAAGGAUUGCCUAGAGUUUAUUGAGCAGCUCUCAGUGCCAAAGGAGAAGGCAGCAGAUUUACUUCUGGAUGUGGAAUCUGUAAUUACUUUUUACUGUAAAUCACGCAAUGUUAAAUACAGCACAUCCCUGAGCUGGACUCAUCUACUAAAGCCACUGGUGUGUCUGCAGCUGCCUCGCAGCGACCUAUACAACUGCUUUUAUGCCAUCAUGAAUAAGUACAUUCCCAGGGAUUGUUCCCUGAAGGGGAGGCCAUUUCAUCUCUUCCGAUUGCUCAUCCAGUACCAUGAGCCUGAGCUUUGUUCUUUUCUUGAUACAAAGAAAAUCACUCCAGACUCCUAUGCACUCAACUGGCUUGGGAGUCUUUUUGCACAUUACUGUUCCAUUGAAGUCACUCAGGCGAUAUGGGAUGGAUAUCUACAGCAAGCAGAUCCAUUUUUUAUUUAUUUUUUAAUGUUAAUUAUCCUUGUAAAUACAAAAGAAGUUAUUUCAGCACAAGAGUCUGAGAGCAAAGAAGAAGUUAUCCACUUCUUGGAAAACACUCCAUCUAGUUUGAAUCUGGAAGAUAUAGAAGACCUCUUCUCUUUGGCUCAGUAUUACUGUAGUAAAACACCAGCUUCUUUUAGGAAGGACAAUCAUCAUCUCUUUGGUAGUACACUGUUGGGAAUCAAGGAUGAAGAGGCAGAUCUGAGCCAGGCUCUGUGUCUGGCUGUUUCGGUGUCAGAGAUCCUUCAAGCAAACCAGCUGCAAAGGGAAGGAGUCCGGUUCUUCGUGGUGGACUGCCGUCCUGCAGAACAGUAUAAUGCCGGACAUUUGUCGACAGCGUUCCACUUAGAUUCAGACCUGAUGCUCCAGAAUCCAUCCGAGUUUGCACAGUCAGUGAAGUCCUUGCUGGAAGCACAGAAGCAGUCCCUUGAGUCUGGCUCCAUUGCCGGUGGGGAGCACCUCUGUUUUAUGGGCAGUGGCCGAGAGGAAGAAGACAUGUAUAUGAACAUGGUGCUGGCACACUUUUUACAGAAAAACAAAGAAUAUGUUAGUAUUGCCAGUGGAGGAUUUAUGGCCCUGCAGCAGCACCUGGCCGACAUUAAUGUGGAGGGACCAGAAAGUGGAUAUGGCCAUUGGAUUGCUAGUACCUCAGGCUCAAGGAGCAGCAUCAGUUCUGUUGAUGGUGAAUCUUGUAAUGGCUCAAACGAUAGAGGAAUGAAGUCCCUUGUAAAUAAAAUGACUGUGGCUCUAAAGACGAAAUCUGUUAAUGUCAGGGAGAAGGUCAUCAGUUUUAUUGAGAAUACAUCAACUCCUGUGGACCGAAUGUCUUUCAAUCUUCCUUGGCCAGACAGAUCAUGUACAGAGCGGCAUGUGAGCAGCAGCGACCGAGUGGGCAAGCCUUACCGUGGAGUAAAGCCCGUGUUCAGCAUUGGGGAUGAAGAGGAGUACGACACAGAUGAAAUCGACAGUUCUUCAAUGUCGGAUGAUGACAGAAAGGAAGUGGUAAACAUUCAGACCUGGAUAAACAAGCCAGACACCAAGCAUCAUUUUCCCUGUAAAGAAGUCAAAGAAAGUGGACAUAUGUUUCCCAGUCACCUGCUGGUAACUGCAACACAUAUGUACUGCUUAAGGGAGAUUCUUUCUCGGAAAGGACUGGCUUACAUCCAGUCUCGACAAGCACUAAAUUCUGUAGUUAAAAUUACGUCCAAAAAAAAACAUCCCGAGCUGAUUACCUUCAAAUAUGGAAACAGCAGUGCUUCUGGGAUAGAAAUCUUGGCUAUUGAAAGGUAUUUGAUUCCAAAUGCAGGAGAUGCUACCAGAGCCAUAAAACAGCAGAUCAUGAAAGUGUUGGAUGCUUUGGAAAGUUAAUGUAAAAGAAAGUUAUUUAAGUGAAAUUAUGGCAACCAAGAGAAACAUGAAAAUAUAUUUCCUGACUCAGUACUAA